GGGAUAACGUUACAAUACAUAAGAACUAACUACACAGAACUACAUACAUACAUAGGUAGGUAACUAUAUGUAAUAUAAUACAGCCGUGGUCAGCUUCCAGAUUGGGAGACACUCUACCUCGAAUGAUAUCCUAUUCCGUACGAGAGUGCCUGCUUAUAGUAGUAGAUAGUCUCAUCGCACCAAUACCCACUAUACCCUGCGUGCUGUUAGGUCCAGUCGUGGUGCAUUAUUCAUUGCAUUCAUCUAGAAAGUCGCCAUGUCGUAGCGGAGGACGACCGUUACCAAGCCAAGACCGCAAUGAAACGAUGGAAUAUUCCACCCUUUUUUUUCUUCGAAAUUCCCUGCUUGUUUUAACAACAUUCGGCCGAAACAAGGGUUUCCCACGUGAGGGGUUCAGCUGGUUCUCAAGGUCCAAUUUGUGCGUGUUCCCCCUCUGGGUAUUCGUAUCGCUCUUAUCGCGCACCCGUUUUAAUAAAGCAAAAGCUCGUUCAAGCUCCUCGGGGGCCCCCUCCCGCCAAUUAAUUGAUGCUAUCGUACAUAUGCCGCUUCGUAUAGUGGACGAAUGGUUAGUAGAGGACGGACAAUCAGAAAUGGCGAGCCGAGCUUUUUAGUGUAGCACGAUAUGGCGACGGGGUUGGCUUGUUCAACUAUACCCAGGUACGUAAACGUAAAGGCGUGAUAACAAACAAUGUAGGUAGCUUUUGUUCUGCAGCGUCAGAUAGGUACCUACCUACAACAAACAGGGGCCCCAGAUCUUGACGC